GUCUCCCAGGGCCCAGCCAUGGUGGAACUGUGCCGCAAGGACUCAGCACUGACGGUGCUGGACGAGGAGACGCUGUGGGAGAUGAUGGAGAGCCACCGCUACAGGAUUGUGCGCAGUAUCUGCCCCAGCCGCCUCACCCCCUACCUGCGCCAGGCCAAGGUGCUGUGCCAGCUGGACGAGGAGGAGGUGUUGCACAGCACCCGCUUCACCAACAGCGCCAUGCGGGCCGGGCACUUGCUGGAUUUGCUGAAGACUCGAGGCAAGAAUGGGGCCAUCGCCUUCCUGGAGAGCCUGAAGUUCCACAACCCUGACGUCUAUACCCUGGUCACCGGGUUGCAGCCCGACGUUGACUUUAGCAACUUCAGUGGCCUCAUGGAGACAACCAAGCUGACUGAGUGCCUGGCAGGGGCCAUCGGCAGCCUGCAGGAGGAGCUGAGUCAGGAGAAGGGCCAGAAGGAGGCGCUGUUGCAGCGGUGCCGGCAGCUGCGGGAGCGGCUGGGCCUGGCCGAGGCCCGAGCGGAGGGUUUGGGCCAGCUGGAGGCCGACCACAGCCGCAUGAAACGCGAGGUCAGCGCCCACUUCCACGAGGUGCUGAGGCUAAAGGACGAGAUGCUCAGCCUCUCGCUUCACUACAGCAACGCGCUGCAGGAGAAGGAGCUGGCCACCACCCGCUGCCACGGCCUGCAGGAGGAGCUGUAUCUGGUGAGGCAAGAAUUGCAGCGAGUGAACAUGGUUUCCUCCUGUGAGCUGGAAUUUCAAGAGCGGUCCCUGAAGAUGGCCAGCGACCUGGAGUUUGGGGAUGAGGAACUGAACCGUCUCAAGGAGGAGAAUGAGAAGCUCCGCUCGCUGACUUUCAGCCUGGUGGAGAAGGACAUCCUGGAGCAGAACCUGGACGAGGCUCGAGAGAGCACGCAGGAGCUGGUGGACCGAAUCCACUCACUGAGGGAGCGGGCUGCGGUCGCCGAGAGGCAGCGGAAACAGUACUGGGAAGAGAAGGAGCAGACCCUGCUCCAGUUCCAGAAGACCAAGAUGGACUGCCAGCUCUACAAGGAGAAGAUCAACGCCCUGCAGAGCCAAGUGUCUGAGCUGCAGAAGGAGCGCGACCAGGCAUACUCUGCAAGGGACAGCGCCCAGAGGGAGAUUUCUCAGAGCCUCACAGAGAAGGACUCCCUCCGCAGGAAAGUGUUUGAGCUGACGGACCAGGUCUUCGAGCUGCGCACACAGCUCCGCCAGCUGCAGGCAGAGCCGCCAGGUGCGCCCAAGCAGGAAGCUGGUGCCAGGGAACCCUGUCUGAGGGGGAAGCAGCGGCUCAUGCGAAUGCAUGCCAUCUGCCCCAGGAACGGCAGCGACUGCAGCCUUGUCAGCUCCACCGAGUCUCAGCUCUGGUCGGACCUGAGUGCCACGUCCAGUCGCGAGCUGGUGGAUAGCUUCCGCUCCAGCAGCCCCAUACCGCCCAGCCAGCAGUCCCUGUACAAGCGGGCAGCUGAGGACUUCAGGGAAGAACCUUGGUCUUUCAGCAGCUGCCCAGAAAUCCUGGAGGUAUACCUGGAAGCUCCCUCACCAGCUAAGGUGGAAGAUGCGGACUUGGAUUAUGAGAUCCUAGACAGGGCAGACCUCUCCCAGUCGGAAAGUAGCCUGCAGCCGUUCCCUGGAAGCCUCGACAUCUUGGAAAGUGGCAUCCCCGUGCGGCGGAGGCCAGCCCGCAGAAUCCUGAGCCAGGUCACGGUGCUGGCAUUCCAGGGGGACGCUUUGCUGGAGCAGAUCAGUGUCAUUGGUGGGAACCUCACAGGCAUCUUCAUCCAUCGAGUCACCCUGGGCUCAGCGGCGGAUCAGAUGGCCUUGCGCCCGGGCACCCAGAUUGUGAUGGUUGAUUACGAGGCCACAGAGCCCUUGUUCAAGGCUGUCCUGGAGGACAUGACCCUGGAGCAGGCCAUUGGGCUUCUCAGGAGGGUGAACGGCUUUUGCUGCCUAUCCGUGAAGGUCAACAUGGAGGGUUACAAGAAGCUGGUCCAGGACCUGGAGGCCAAAGUGGCGACCUCGGGGGACUCGUUUUACAUCCGGGUCAACCUGGCCCUAGAGGGGAGGACAGAGGGGGAGCUGCAGGUGCAUUGCAACGAGGUCCUACACGUCACUGACACCAUGUUCCAGGGCCGCAGCUGCUGGCACGCCCACCGCCUGAGCCCUUACACCAUGAAGGACACCACGGUACAUGGUACCAUCCCCAACUACUCCAGGUGA